GUUUACCCAGAAACCUGCAGAGAUAGGUUGGGAAGAGUUUCUGGCAGUGCCGGAAAAGGAACCAGGGGGCAGUGUGAUGUAAGAGGAAAGACAAGAGUGUUUAUUCAAGUUUGGAAAAUUCAAGCGACGACGAAGAGGAGGAGGAGGAGGAGGAGGAGGAGGAGGAUGCCCAAAAGCUGCAGCUUCUCUCUUGAGCGGCCUCUCGCCUGCAGCCAGGCAUUGGCUGGGCGCUGUCCGGGGUGCUGAACCGUGAGGUCGGAGGCGUUCCCUCGGAUUUCGGGCUACUGGAAAGGCUUCUUCACCAAACUGGAUGCCUAAAAGCGAGAGGCUCCUCGCAAUCCCAAGGCAGCCCAGGGCAGCCCAGCCCCUUCCAAGGCGAGCUCUCCUCCUCCCCUUUCCCUCCCAGAGGAAAAUGUAGCCCGACUGGAGCUGAGGAGAGCGCCUUGGGCUGGUUGGCUUGCUGCAUUGGAGCCCUGGCCCGGAGCCUUGACGCAAGAGAAGGAGUCUCCAGGAGGAAGAGGCAUGGAGACCUAUUGGGGCUACCAGAGCGGGGCUGGCAGCCCUUAUGCCUACUCGGGGAUGGGUGCCAAUGGCACUGGCAACCAAAGCAGCACUUACUACAACGAGGACCUUCUGCAUAAGACUAUCCUAGUUGGAGACAGUGGAGUGGGCAAGACAUCACUGCUGGUUCAAUUUGACCAGGGCAAGUUCAUACCAGGCUCUUUUUCUGCAACUGUGGGCAUCGGAUUUACCGUGAUGCUGCUUGGAGAUUCAGGCGUGGGGAAAACCUGCUUCCUGAUCCAGUUCAAAGACGGGGCCUUCCUCUCGGGGACCUUCAUAGCCACUGUCGGCAUAGACUUCCGGAACAAAGUAGUGACAGUGGAUGGUGUUAAAGUGAAAUUACAGAUCUGGGACACGGCAGGCCAGGAGAGGUUCAGGAGCGUGACUCAUGCUUACUACCGAGAUGCACAGGCACUUCUCCUUCUUUAUGAUAUCACCAGCAGAAUGUCUUUUGACAAUAUUCGGGCCUGGCUCACAGAAAUCCAUGAAUAUGCACAAAAGGAUGUGGUCAUUAUGUUGUUAGGCAAUAAGGCUGAUGUGAGCAGUGAAAGGGUCGUAAGGACAGAAGACGGGGCAGCACUAGCCAGGGAGUAUGGAGUGCCUUUCAUGGAGACCAGCGCAAAGACUGGUAUGAAUGUGGAACUGGCUUUUCUGGCCAUUGCAAAAGAACUCAAACAACGAGCUCUCCUUCAACCAGAAGAGCCCCGGUUCCAAAUCCAUGACUACAUAGAGUCACAGAAGAAGCGGAGCAGUUGCUGUGCCUUCCUUUGAAAGAAGAGGAUGCCAGGGCAGCCUGGAGGACCUCGUGCCAAGGAAAGAGGGCAAGAAGCAGACCAGCACAUUGGAAAUGCAAGGAGGGGGAACUGUUGGGGGCCGGCAGCAGAAUCCUCCCCCAGAGCAACACUUUUUAAGAGAACAUUAUUACUAGAUUAUAGACAAGAUACCCAUCAUGCUCCUUUGGGACAGGGGUGUCUAUGUCUAUGUUUGAAGUUGUGUGUGAAUGAGGGUGAGUGAGUAAAGAGCAUGAGAGAGAGAGGGUGAUCUCACUACAAAGGCCAAGCAUAUUCAAAUUCAGGAUUGGUCAAGUUAUUCUUUUGGUAGGGGAUAUUGAAAGUGUGUAGUAGUACCAAAGCCUGGUCUUCAUGCCACUAAAACAAAUCAAGCUUUCCCUGGCUACCAUGUCAUCAAACCUCACCUGCUAUCUAAAUGGGACUAGCCUACACUGACUUCAGCGGCAGACGUAGGACCUCUAGGGUUAAGGUCUACCUGGGCCAAGACUGUAGGAGUCCAGAAUAAAUAUAUAGUUAACUUUAAUAGUGAUAACAUGACUGGGAGCAGGGAAUUUAAAACCCAGUAACCCUUUGUUUUUCUAAAAGGUGAUGCUUUGUGUGAUAAAUGAAAUUAGCAGGAAUUUUCAGUAAAGAAAAAAUAGACAGGUUUCCUUUUGACCUUUGAUUCUUAACUGCUUCCCACACCCAAGGAUAGUGCCAACUGAGCUGCCUUCCUUCUCCUCCCUUCCUCCUCCGGCCCCAAGGAAAGGGUGCAGGGAUACAAGUAUUAUUCCUAGUGCCUGUUACAUCAGAGGAAUGCUGCUGACAGGAGUUAGUGUGGAGUGACAGAGUGCUAUAAUGCUGUGUUCUCACUAUAAACAAAGAAAUGUUUUAGAAAGUUGUUGCUUCUUUUCAUUUUCAUCAGACCAAAAUUUUUGGGAAGGAAAGUGAAUGUGUCAAAAUUGCAGCAGGCUGGAAAGAAUUGAUCCUACUUUACCAGAUACAUUUUAUCCCAGGCUUUCUCAGCCUAGUACUGUCCUGAUAAACUGAAUUUAAGCUCUCAUCCUCCCCAGCCAAUGGCUAUGCUGACUAGUAUUCAUGAGCUUUGGAGUCCCAAUACAUAUUAAAAGCACCAGGUUGAAAUAGGCGGGUCUGUUGAAAUUGAGAGUUGAUUUGUUGGCUUGGGGAAAAUAGGGGGGACAAUGCACAUUUGCUUCAGUCUCCUUCAUAGAAAACAGAUUUGAUGUUCCUGAAGGAAAAACAAGGCCCCCUUUCAUCAGUUCCUAUCACCUAAGGAGCAAAGCUGAAAAAGUCAAUCUGGACUGGUGUUGUGUACCAUCCAGUAACUAUCCAAUGGGGAUAUAUACAAGGAUAAUACCACAGUUCCCCUCUUAAAAGAGAUUAAAGCAUUCAAGAAUUCUGCCAUCAUGUAUUUUUCAGUUAAAGGCUAUUGCUUGAUUCAGUAGUGCUCAGGAGUAGCAUCAAAUUGAUUCAGAAUAAAAAAUAUAACCCUAUAGCAACUCUGCACCCAGCAUGGCAUAGUGAUUUGAGCAUUGGAUUAUGACACUGGAGAUCAGGGUUCAAAUCCCUGCUCAACCAUGAAACCCCCACUGGGUGACCUUGGGCAAAUCACACUCUCUCUCUGUCUCAGAUAACUCAUACAAUCACACAACGACAACAUAGUGAGUUACAGAGUUAAUGUGGGUUUCAGCAGGUCUGAAGCAUUUUUAAAUCUUCCUGGAUGGCAUCCAGUGAUUCAUCUGUCUAUAUAAUGCAACCUAGACAGACUUUUUUGUGAAUUAUUUCAUGUUUUUGUUUUGGCUUUUUACCUCUGCUUCCUGCAAAUAAAUGCCAAGUGGAUUAUAUUCAGUUUAAAGUAUCAAAACGUGUGCUCCUUUAGUAUAUACAGCCCCCACCCCCCAACAUCCAUUGCACUGCACAUGCCAUGAUAAAAAAAAAUCUCCCCACACAUCCCCAUAUUUAUUUUUAAAUGAUUGCCCUUAAUUUCUUCAUAACAAGUUACCUUCAUUUCUGCCUUAAAGAAAAUUGAUCACUUUUAAAAUUUUAUUUUAUUGAUCACUGCAGAGCAUUGUGUGAAUUGAUUCAUUCUUCUACACUCUCUUUCUUCCAUAUCCUUCCACAUAGAAUCAUUGAGUUGGAAGAGGCCUAGUGUGCCAUGGAGAUUGUCAAGCCAGUGGUGGGUUGCUACUGGAUGAGGCAAGAAUUUCCCAUAGCAAGUCAUGCUUAGACUCCUGAAGGCACUUAGACUAUAAAUGAAAACCAUAGUUCCACAGAAGAGCUCCCUUCCCAACAAGGCCCUGUUCGGUAAGUGCAUGGCAGAGUUCAUUAGUUGGUAUCUAAAUUAGCUCCAACUAGAGUAGACCUACCAAAUCAGAUCUACCUCGACUGAGUCAAUAGGUAGGUAAAUCUAACAUUCUCAACAAGACUAACAACCAGACUGAGGUUACUCUUUCUCAGCAAAGCCAACAGUACUAGUGGGAGAAUGUGCGUGAGUGAAAAAUGAUCAACUAAAUGACUUUAGGGAAGUCCCUGAUGUGGAAGAAAUAGGGUAUGCAAGCUAAAGCUUGGAAAAGGUACUUUUUUGGACUAGAACUUUUCAGAAACCACAAGCCAGACGUGCUCAAGAAAGUUUGGGAGUCUCUCUGAGCUCCCAAAUUGUGGUGUGCCUUCACAUUGCUUUUGUCUCCAUUGCCCUCUGCCAAAAGUAAAAAUGGAUGACCCUGGUGUGGCAAGAAACCCUUUAUCAGCCUUGAUGUGCUGGCAAAUAUUCAGGCUAUGGAGUGGCAAAAGCUGUUACACUAUCCAGUAAAGAAGCACAACAAAAUGAUUCGAAAGAGGAGACCAAUACAAUCUUCUGCCUUAAUACACAAGCACAUCUAUUUGCACCGUACUUAGCUGCUAGCAUUCCCCCAACAAUUGUAGCCUAAUUUUAGAUAUUUUAAAUGAUAUUUUAAGAAUUUAAUAUGUUCAUAAUUAUGUGGAUUACGUUAUGUCUUGUUCAUUUAUGUUGAUUUAUAAUUUACUGAGUUGUUGAUUUGUUUAUUGAUUUGUUUAUAUAUUACUCUCAUCACUUAAUGUUUGCCAUUGUUUAUUUUAUUGUGAGCUGCCAUGAGUUUCUUCGGGAAGAUAGGGUGGACUAUAAAUAAAGUUUCAUUUCAUUCAUUUCAUCACUUUCCCCUCCCCAAUCUUACUUUGUAACUUGCAAAACAGUGUAAGAUUCUUUUCAGCCCUUCCUACCCAGAAGCCUGGUGAUGUAGUGGCUUGAGCAUUGGAUUAUGGUUCUGGAGACCAGGAUUCACAUUUCCAGCUGGGCCAUGGUAAUCCACUGAACAUGACCUUUGUCAAAUCACUCUCAACCUCAGAGGAGGUCAGGCCCUUCUAAGCAAUAUUUGCCAAGAAAAUCCCAUGAUAGGGUUCCCUUAGGGUUGCCAUAACUCAGAAACUACUUGAAAGCACACAACAACAACAACAACAACAACAACAGAGCUAGAAUUUUGAGGGUCAACUCAGAGUGGCCAAAAGAAUGAAAUAAAUGCGCUGGAAAUUAAGCAACAAAAAUGCUUCUGACCACAAAAACACCACUUCUGCUUUUCUCAUAGGUAAUCCCUAUUCUUGUUCAGACUCCCUGCCCCAUACCAUUUGAGUACUGAUGAGAAGAGCCUUCUCCAUAUCUGCUAUGGUUAGACACUAGAGAAUAGCAACCCUUUGUUUAUAGGACACAAACUGAUUCAGAUCCCCGUUCUCUCCAAUCUAGCACAAGAUCUGUACAUGAGUCCAAAAUAGCUGUAUGUUCUAAUUUCUUUAAAAAGCCAUUUCUCUUCUAAAAUAACUGGUAUUACUCAUGGCUCUGACCCAAGUCCAAACCAGCGAGGAAGAAGCAAGGGUAAAUUAUAUGGGAUGUGACUGAUUAUUUGCACAAAACCUUGAUUCUUUGUCAUCUGUUUUUAUACUGAGAGUUAACUGUCUGAAUGGGGUGAUAUGUAACACAAUGUGUGGCUGUAAGUUGGAGUGGAAGGGAAUCAUUGAAAUGCCCUGCUUUGGUCUUUCAAUUUUUUCAUUUCUUUUCUGUACCUUGACAUAAUGCAAAUCUUUCUACGUGCUGUUCCCAUACAUCAAUGAUCUGCCUUCCAAAGAACUAAAAUGAAAAGAAGUAUUGUAUAGUAUGUUCAAUGCCAUUUCCUGAAUAGUAAAAUAGAUCCACAUUUGAA